AUGGAUGGAUCCUGCGACUUCGACUGGGGUGACACCUGCGGUUACAACCUGGGACACGGAAAAUUCAGUGAAUGGCUGCUUCAAGACGAAAAUCACACGAUUAUAACUCCCGACUACAGCACGAACACACCUUCUGGUGGUUUCGUCCUGGUCAAAAGUCCUGGUGGCCGCAUGGUUAGCCCUGAAAAUUGGUACGAUGGGCAUCAGCUGAAGUGCUUCCGCUUCUGGUACUUCCUCACCGGUACAAGUGCGGAAGAGCUCACGGUCACCGAAGUGAACAGAGAACGUCAGGAGGUCGAGCUGUGGAGAGGCACCCCACCUAAAGACAACAGCAGACACUGGCGCCAAGCGUCUGUCACCAUACAGACUUACAACAAAACACCUACCAUCAUAUUCGACGCAACAACCUCAGAUAGCGCGGGCGCAAUUGUAGCCUUAGACGACAUCAGCCUCGGCAAUUCACCCUGCCCUUCCCCCGGAAGCUGCUCCUUCGAGGAGGACAUGUGUGACUGGGCCAGCUACAAGAUCAGGAGGAGCGCGCUCUGGUAUCGACAUCGGGGUGCUACAAUUUCCAAUACGACUGGUGUGCAGGAAGACCACACGUUGGGCACAGCCAAGGGGUACUACCUUCUUCUCGACGCAGCUGACUUGGCCGAUCAUGGAUACGGCAGUGUACAUAGUGAAAUGUUGUCACUCGGCCCUUCAGCGUGUGUUAGCCUCUAUUAUUCCAUGAAAAAAGGCUCGGGAGCAUUGUUGAUUCUUGGAUUCUUCAAUGAGACUGGAGCCAGUCUCGGUCGUCAACAGGUGGUUGAAGCCUCUGCGACCGGCGAAUGGACACGUCUUACUGUUGAACGCUCUGACAUGCCUAACGUAUUCUCGGUUGUAAUCAGCGGUGAGAAUGCACGUGGCCGAAGUGACGUCAUCAUCGAUGACAUCGACGUACGACGUGGCGAAUGCGGAGAGACUGCGCUCACCACAAUAGUUACAACACCAGAGCCGCCUACAGUGCCCGCACAAGUCGUUACUUCGGAAUCACGGCCAAGUGUGACUCCCGGACCAGUGUCAAGCGAAACUCCUGAACCAGUACCAAGUGAGGCUCCUGAACCACUGCCAAGUGAAACACCGGUGCCAGUGGCGACUGAAACGCCGGCCCCUGCCGAGCCGAAACCAGCCGUGGAGUGUCGACGUGGCGAAUUCAGCUGCGGAGACGAUAGCACUUGCAUUCCAUCUGCACUGCUAUGUGAUGGUGUUAAGGACUGUCCGAAUGGACUGGACGAGAAGUGCGGAAGCACCAUGCAAUGCAAAGAAAAUGAAUUCUACUGCGCUACUGGCUACCCUGGCACUUGCAUGCCCCGGUCUCUCCUCUGUGAUGGACGCGAGGACUGCGAUGGCGGCUCCGAUGAAUCGUUAUGUCGCGCAUGCCCACAUUAUUUCUGCCUCAACGGCGGUAUAUGUGGGUGGACUCCAAAAGCACCAAGUCCGGCCUGCGACUGUCGUGACGGUUACGAAGGCCGCCGCUGCAAUGUGUUGACCAGAACCAUGCCGGACAUGGGCAAGCUUGCCUCAAAAGGCUCUGAAUCUAUUGCCGGCAUUGCGACAGGGGUAGUUCUUGCUUUGGCUGUCCUGAUUACAGCCGCAGUAGCCGCAUUCGUUUUGAUCCGCAAACGACGCAACGCAGAGGACCCACCACUCAUCCUCAACCCUUCCUACGAUGCGUCAACGAGUGAAACAACGUUCUUCAAAUGAAGGGGAACAUCGCUAAUAGCAUCGCAGGACAUAAGCGCACUGUACAAAAGCAAGGAGUUGACGCCUGCCAGCUACUUUAUUUACAUUGUCUAUCCGUCU